GCGUUGAUCGCCGGCUAUCUUGACCUUUGAAGUACGAACCUUCCAUCCUUUCUCCGACCCAGUCCAUCACCUUUUCCCCAAAAACACCUCCAUCCAACGCUUGCAGAAUGGCCGAUUCCAAUGCCCAACCCAAAGCCGCCCGCAAUUUCGACAAAACCUUCGAGGAAGAAAAAGCGGCCACGAGAUGUUUGGUUGAUAUGAAAACCAUCCAGUUGAAUGCCGAGGACCUUUAUGAUCGCGAAAAGGUGGACCUCGAACAAGUAGAGCUCGAAGAUGUUUGGGUGUUAUUACAAACAAGUGAAAAUGGUUUAGAUGCGGCUGAAGUCGAAAGGCGACGCGGCAUAUUCGGUCCCAACCGUCUGGAAGAAAAAUCUGUCAACCCAUUCCUGCAAUUCUUAAGUUUCAUGUGGAAUCCCCUCUCAUGGGUCAUGGAGGGUGCUGCAGUGGUGUCUAUUGCCCUCUCCAAUGGGGAAAACCGUCCCCCAGACUGGCAGGAUUUCGUGGGUAUCAUGGCGCUUCUCCUGAUUAACUCAGGUAUUGGUUACUACGAGGAGAGAUCUGCUGGAAACGCCGUCAAAGCUCUGAUGGACUCCCUUGCCCCCAAGGCAAAAGCACGCCGAAAUGGGCAGUGGUCCGAAAUUGACUCGGCUGAUUUAGUUCCUGGUGAUAUCGUUGCCUUCAAGAUCGGUGAUGUCGUGCCGGGAGAUUGUCGGUUGUAUGAUGCAGUCAAUGUCAGCAUCGACCAAGCAGCCUUGACUGGUGAAUCACUGCCAAUCUCCAAAUCAGUCGGCGACCAAUGUUUCUCGGGAUCGAUCUGUAAGCAGGGUGAAGCUGAGGGUAUCGUGAGUGCUACCGGUGCAAACACAUUUUUCGGACGAGCUGCCACCCUGGUUGGUGCAGAAAAUGACUCCACCGGACACAUGCAAGCGGUUUUGGCAAAGAUUGGCGGUUUCUGUCUCGUCUCCAUCGGCAUUGCCAUUGCACUCGAGCUCAUCGUUCUCUAUGGGGCAUUCCGCUACUCUUACCGUCGGGGUUUGGACAACAUCCUUGUGUUGCUCAUCGGUGGUAUCCCGAUCGCUAUGCCUACUGUCCUGUCUGUUACUCUCGCUGUCGGCGCCCAACAGCUCGCCAAGUACAAAGCUAUUGUCACCCGUAUCACGGCCAUCGAAGAACUCGCCGGUGUCACGAUCUUGUGCUCUGACAAGACCGGUACUCUGACUACCAACAAGCUCACGAUUGACAAAUCUACCAUCAAGACUUACUCCGACGUUGGGCCGGAAGAUGUCUGCGUUCUUGCCUCAUAUGCUUCCCGGAUUGAGAACCAAGAUGCGAUUGAUGCUUGUGUGGUCGGUACCGUCGGAGCUGAUGUAGCGCGUCGAGGAAUCAAACUCGUUGAUUUCAAGCCCUUCGACCCAGUUUCUAAGCGAACCGAAAUUACUUACAUCGAUAUCGCCACUGGUGAAAUGCGCCGAGUGACCAAAGGAAUGACCGGAAAGAUCAUGGACCUGUGCACCUACAACAAGACCGAUGAAAUCGAGCGACAACUCGAAGCCGAUGUUGAAGAGUUUGCCCGUCGAGGUUUGCGAGCUUUGGCCGUUGCUUAUGAGGAUGUUCCCAGCGGCGAUGCCGAAGGACCCGGAAGCGGAUUCCAGCUCAUCGGUCUCUUGUCCAUCUUCGACCCUCCCCGAGACGAUACCAAGCAAACGAUUGAUGAUGCAGUGAGCCUCGGACUCAAGGUUAAGAUGGUCACUGGUGAUCAACUUGCCAUCGCAAAGGAAACUGGCCGACGAUUAGGACUUGGUGACAACAUGUUUGCCUCGAAGGUUCUCAAAGAGGGACCCCCGCCCGGAAGUAACUUUUCUUCUGUUGAUACCAUGAUUCUCGAUGCCGAUGGAUUUGCGGGAGUUUACCCUGAGCAUAAGUAUGAGAUUGUCAAAAAGUUGCAGAGCUUAGGCCAUAUGGUUGCCAUGACCGGGGACGGUGCCAACGAUGCCCCUGCUCUUGCCCGUGCCAAUGUCGGGAUUGCCGUUGAAGGUGCUACAGAUGCCGCCAGAGGAGCCGCUGACAUUGUCCUCACCGAGCCCGGUCUCUCGACCAUCGUACACGCCAUCCGACAGUCCCGAAUCGUCUUCCAAAGGAUGAGGAAUUACUCCAUCUAUGCCUGUGCCGUCACCAUCCGUAUCGUCGUUGGCUUUGCCAUCAUGGCCUUUGCUUUCCAGUUUGAUUUCCCUCCGUUCAUGGUCCUGGUCAUCGCUAUCUUGAACGACGGAACAGUCAUGACUAUUUCGCUCGAUCGCGUCUUGCCCAACAACGAACCUGAUCACUGGGACCUGGCUGAGAUUUUCACAUACGCCGUCGCAUAUGGUCUUCACCUCGCUUUGUCAACCGUUCUCUUGUUUGUCGUCAUCGUCAACACCACAUUCUUCGAGGAUAACUUCGGCCUAUCGCCCUUGAAGGAUGCGAAUGACCCUCAGUUACACAUGGUUAUCUACCUCCAAGUCGCCAUCAUCUCACAAGCUUUGAUCUUCAUUACCCGGUCUCACAGUUGGUUCUUCAUGGAGCGACCAUCUUUGGCUUUGAUGGGCGCGUUCUGCAUAGCUCAAACUGUUGCUUCGUUGUUGGCUGUCUUCGGGACUAUGGAAUUCUCGUCAGUUCAGGCCAUUCCGGUGUCUUGGGUCGCGGUUGCAUGGGUCUGGAACAUUAUCUGGUUCCUUCCAAUGGGUUGGUACCACCUUCUUCUUUCGCAUCAAUUAAUGCAAUCCUGA